AUGACAGCCGUUCUAGGACAUUUCUUCCAUAAUAUUGAACAAGAAGAAGAAAUCCAUGGGGAUAAUUCUAGUUUUAUCAGUUUAGACCAUAAUGGAAAUAAAGAUUUUCGUCAAGAACGUAAAAUAUUUGUUGGCGGUUUACCAAGUACAGCUGGUGUCGAAGAAUUAGCAAAUUAUUUUGCGGCGUAUGGAGAGGUUGAAGAAGCAUUUAUUAUCUAUGAUCGAAGUAGUGGCCGCCAUCGAGGAUUUGGCUUUGUCACAUUCAAAGACGUCUCGACAACAAAGUAUGUCUGUGAUGCACGUUUGUUUAUUUUACAUGGAAAAAAGAUUGAAUGUAAACAUGCAUUGAAACGCGAAGAUUUAACUUCAUCUAGCAAUAAUGAUCAAGUCAGAUAUUUUCGACCAGCAGAACAACAUGUCGAUACAACAGCAGGUGUCUUUCCAUCAUCGUCAACAACAACCGUUUAUCCAUUGAAUGCUGCAACCACUAUUGAUCCAAAUUUUCCUGUUGGCUUUUAUGUUUAUUCUCCUCCAAUUGGAGCAGCUACUGCUUUUGCAACACCACCAUGGGCAUUCAGUCCGUUUCUUACCACGUCACAUCAACCAUUUCAUCCUGCAUUUAGUCUCAUUCAAUUUCCUACCUUGGUUGAGUCAUAUCCUCUGCCUCCGCCUCACUCCCCGAACGACCAAGAACUAGUUGAAAAUCCAAUGCAAUAUAAUGCGGCAACAACUCUCUCUCCUUGUCAAACAACGACCGCUAUCAGUAUUGUAUGA